GGUACUGAGACCCCCGGCCUACCUCCCCCAGCCUGCCCUCCUUGGGCUUCUCAGGCCGCUGGGCCCGGCCCCACCAUGUUCUCCAGGAAGAAGAGAGAGCUCAUGAAAACCCCGUCUAUCUCGAAAAAGAACCGGGCGGGAAGCCCCUGCCCACAGCCCUCGGGGGCCCGGCAGGGCAGGGCCGGGCAGUGACAUGCUGGGCCAGUGGCGGGGGGCACGAGCCAGCUACAGCCCCCACCAGGCUGGACUACAGGGGCCUCGCAGGAUGGGCUGGGAUCCUCGCGUUCAGCUUACGGAGCUGCCUAGGAGAGACGGGGCUGAUGCAGUGUCUCUGGGGCCCGGCCUAGAACUACCAAGUGUGGCCUCGAAUGCUAAGGCCACGGGCACUCUCAAGAGGCCCACCAGCCUGAGCCGCCAUGCCAGCGCUGCUGGCUUCCCUCUGUCGGGGGCCAGCACUUGGACGCUGGGCCGCAGCCAUCGCAGCCCACUGUCUGCGGCCAGCCCGGCCGAGGCACCCAUCCAGGGACCCUGCCCAGACACCGUGGAGGACAUCUCCCACCUGCUGGCUGACGUAGCCCGCUUUGCCGAGGGCCUUGAGAAACUGAAGGAGUGUGUUCUGCGUGAUGAACUCCUUGAGGCCCGCCGGCCACUGGCCCAUGAGUGCCUGGGUGAGGCUCUCCGUGUGAUGCGCCAGGUCAUCUCCAAGUACCCACUGCUGAACACUGUGGAGACACUCACGGCUGCUGGCACCCUCAUUGCCAAAGUCAAAGCCUUCCAUUAUGAGUGCAACAAUGAGUCAGACAAGCGGGAGUUUGAGAAGGCCUUGGAGACCAUUGCCGUCUCCUUCAGCAGCACUGUGUCCGAGUUCCUCAUGGGUGAAGUGGACAGCAGCAUCCUCCUGUCAGUGCCCCCUGGGGACCCAGGCCAGUCCAUGGAGAACCUGUAUGGACAGGGGAGUGAGAGUGCGCCCCCCAGCAGCGAGGAGUGUGAUGCGGGCUGCCUGUCCCCGGAGGAGGUGGACACCCUGCUGCAGCGCUGUGAGGGGGGCGUGGACGCUGCCCUGCAGUACGCCAAGAACAUGGCCAAAUACAUGAAGGACCUCAUCGGCUACCUGGAGAAGCGGAGCGCGCUGGAGAUGGACUUCGCCAAAGGCCUGCAGAAGAUCGUCCAGAACUGCAGACAGAGUGUCACGCAGGAGCCGCACAUGCCCCUCCUGUCCAUCUACUCACUGGCGCUGGAACAGGACCUGGAGUUUGGCCACGGCCUGGUGCAGGCAGUGGGCACGCUGCUGACCCAGACCUUCAUGCAGCCCCUGAAUCUACGGCGGCUCGAACAUGAGAAGCGCAGGAAGGAGAUCAAGGAGUCCUGGCACCGUGCCCAGAGGAAGCUGCAAGAGGCAGAGUCCAAUCUCCGCAAGGCCAAGCAGGGCUACAUGCAACGCUGCGAGGACCAUGACAAGGCCCGCUUCCAGGUGGCCAAGGCAGAAGAGGAGCAAGCCAACAUUGGGCCCGGCGCAGGGGGUGCAGCCUCCAAGACCCUGGACAAGCGUCGUCGCCUGGAGGAGGAGGCCAAGAACAAGGCGGAGGAAGCAAUGGCCACCUACCGAACAUGUGUGGCCGAUGCUAAGACACAGAAGCAGGAGCUUGAGGAUACCAAGGUGACGGCGCUACGGCAGAUCCAGGAGGUCAUCCGGCAGAGUGACCAGACCAUCAAGUCGGCCACCAUCUCCUAUUACCAGAUGAUGCACACGCAGACGGCCCCACUGCCCGUGCACUUCCACAUGCUCUAUGAGAGCAGCAAGCUGUACGACCCAGGCCAACAGUACGCUUCCCACGUGCGCCAGCUGCAGCGUGGCGAGGAGCCCGAUGUGCACUACGACUUCGAGCCCCACGUGUCCGCCAGUGCCUGGUCCCCAGUGUUGCGUGCUCGGAAAAGCAGCUUCAAUGUCAGCGAUGCUGUGGGGGCAGAGGCUGCUGGUAGCCCCCCAGAUGAAGGUGGACCCAGCGAGGGGGAGAUUGCCAAGGAGCGCAGGGGUGGGCGGGGCCAUCAGGUGCACAAGUCGUGGCCCAUUUCCAUCUCAGAUUCGGAAGCCAGUCUGGACCCCAGCCCUGGCUCAGAGGACUUUAAGAAGUUCGAGCGUAUGUCUUCCUGCGGCACCAUGUCGUCCAACGAGGAGCUGGCCGACCAGGAGGGCAGUGUGGGGGCAUCAGCCUUUGAUCAGGCUGACCUCAACGGCAUGACCCCAGAGCUUCCUGUGGCCAUGCCCAGCGGGCCCUUCCGCCACGUGGGGCUGUCCAAGGCGGCCCGGACCCACCGGCUUCGGAAGCUCCGCACGCCGGCCAAGUGCCGGGAGUGCAACAGCUACGUGUACUUCCAGGGCGCCGAAUGUGAGGAGUGCUGCCUGGCCUGCCACAAGAAGUGCCUGGAGACCCUAGCCAUCCAGUGUGGCCACAAGAAGCUGCAGGGCCGCCUGCAGCUCUUUGGCCAGGACUUCAGCCAUGCUGCCUGCAGCACCCCCGACGGCGUGCCCUUCAUCAUCAAGAAGUGCAUCUUUGAGAUCGAGCAGCGGGCGCUGCACACCAAGGGCAUCUACCGGGUCAAUGGGGUGAAGACACGUGUAGAGAAGCUGUGCCAGGCCUUCGAGAAUGGCAAAGAGCUGGUGGAGUUGUCGCAAGCCUCGCCCCACGACAUCAGCAAUGUUCUCAAACUCUAUCUGCGCCAGCUGCCUGAGCCGCUCAUCUCCUUCCGCCUCUACCAUGAGCUUGUGGGGAUGGCCAAAGAGAAUCUGAAGGCCGAGGCUGAGGCCAAGGCAGCAUCUCGGGGUCGGCCGGAUGCCACAGAGAGCGAGGCUGCAGCCAUGGCCAUGGCAGGCCGGUUGCGGGAACUACUACAGGACCUGCCUCGGGAGAACUGGGCCACAUUGCGGUACCUGAUGCGGCACCUGCGCAGGAUCGUGGAGGUGGAACAGGACAACAAGAUGACACCAGGGAACCUGGGCAUUGUGUUUGGGCCCACGCUGCUGCGGCCCCGGCCCACUGAGGCCACCGUGUCCCUUUCCUCGCUGGUGGACUACCCCCACCAGGCCUGCAUUGUGGAGACCCUCAUCACCCACUUCAGCCUGGUCUUCGAGGAGGAGCCUGAAGAAGCCCCAGGGGGCCAGGAUGGGGUAUCCAGCCAGCGACCCGAGGUGGUGGUCCAGGCACCGUACCGGCGGGGCAGUGGGGAUGCAGCCUUUCCCUUGACAGAGGAGGCUGAGGACGGGGGCCUUGAACCCGUCGCCUCCAAUGACUCCGACUCAGAGCUGGAGGAGGCCUCAGACCUGCAGUCCCCAGCGGGAGGGGCUGCACUGCACCGGCUCAGUUUUCUGGAGAGGCAGGGCGGCGAGGCAGGCACAGAGGGCAGUCAGGGCAGCCGCAGCGGCAGCGAAGAACAGCUGGGCACCACAGCUGGGGAGUACGGGCCUGGGGCCUGGGAGGGCUCUGGGGAGGAGCCAGCCCGGAGGCUCUCCGAAUACAACACCAACCAGUGCAACAACACCAGCCAGUACACCACCACCAACCGGUGCAACAGUGUGGCCGCAGCUUGGCUGCCGGCUGUGAGGCUGCGUGGUGGGCGGCUGGUAGGGGGCAACAGCUGCAAGAGGCAGCCGGAGUUUGUGUAGCUGGGGUAAGCGGGCAGGUCCCGCCCCUGUGGACACGUCACUGCAAGGCCUCUCUUUCGGGCCACAGCAGCCAGGGCGUUACUGAUCCGCCUUCCCAGAAGCUUCUGCCUGCACUGCUCUGCACACCCGCUCUCAGACUUGCUGUGAUGGAGGACCCUGCCCACCCUGAGCCAGGCCGAGGAGGUCAUAGGGCACCUGGGAGGAGGGCUGGACGCAUUGUGGACAGUGGGCUGGCCGGCUUCAAGACAACCUGGCUCUUACAGAAGCGCGGGUUUGGACACUGGUGUUACAUUACAGGAAGUUCCCACGAUGGGAAUUUUCCAACCAGUACUUUUCUUUUGCAUACAAUAAAGUCUUCAACCUGA